CCAGUGAUUGACAGGUGCGGCGGCGGGCCUGGAGCCGCGUGUUUGCGGAUCGCGGGCAGUGGAUGCGGACUCUGCUGCGGGGAAUCUGUCGCUUUCACCGGCUCCGCUGCAACGCUCGCUGUCGCUGGCUGCGGAGCGACCACAGAGCACAAAUGAAGUACAUUUUGGUGACCGGUGGGGUCAUCUCGGGGAUUGGGAAAGGAAUUAUUGCAAGCAGCAUUGGAACCAUCCUGAAGUCUUGUGGGCUCCGUGUGACUGCAAUCAAGAUCGACCCAUACAUCAAUAUUGAUGCAGGAACAUUCUCACCUUAUGAACAUGGUGAAGUGUUCGUGUUGGAUGACGGCGGCGAGGUGGAUCUGGACCUGGGGAAUUACGAGCGGUUCCUGGACAUCCGUUUAACACGGGACAACAACAUCACAACUGGCAAGAUCUACCAGUGGGUGAUCAACAAGGAAAGGAAAGGAGACUACCUGGGCAAAACUGUACAAGUGGUUCCACAUAUCACAGAUGCCAUUCAGGAGUGGGUGUUACGGCAGGCUCGGAUUCCAGUGGAUGAUGAUGGAGUGGAACCUGAAGUGUGUGUUAUUGAGCUGGGCGGAACUGUGGGAGAUAUCGAGAGCAUGCCUUUCAUUGAAGCCUUUCGCCAGUUCCAAUUUAAAGUUAAGAGAGAAAACUUCUGCAAUAUUCAUGUCAGUUUAGUGCCUCUGGUUCCUGGUAGUGCCUCUCUGAUACAGCCAAGUACCACAGGAGAGCAAAAGACAAAACCAACGCAGAACAGUGUUCGGGAACUCCGUGGACUCGGGCUGUCACCAGACUUAAUCGUCUGCCGAUGUACAACUCCUAUGGAGAAGUCUGUUAAAGAAAAAAUCUCAAUGUUCUGCCAUGUGGAACCCGAGCAGGUUAUUUGUGUGUAUGACGUUUGUUCCCUUUACCGAGUUCCCUUGUUACUUGAAGCUGAAGGGGUUGUGGAGUACUUUAAGGAAAGACUUGAUCUCCACUUUGAAGCUAGACCAAGAAGGCUACUGAAUAAAUGGAAGGAAAUGGCAGAUAGAUACGAUCGCACGUUAGAAAUUUGUUCCAUUGCGCUGGUUGGCAAGUAUACCAAACUGUCGGACUCCUACGCCUCUGUGAUCAAGGCCUUAGAGCACUCUGCAUUAGCUAUGAACCAGAAAUUGGAAGUGAAGUAUAUUGAUUCAGCAGACUUGGAGCCAGCUAGACAGGAGGAAGAGCCAGUUAAGUACCACGAGGCUUGGCAGAACCUGUGCAGUGCCAACGGGGUUCUGGUGCCUGGUGGUUUUGGUGUUCGAGGGACAGAAGGAAAGAUCCUUGCUAUCGCUUGGGCAAGAAAACAGAAGAAACCGUUUCUGGGUGUGUGCCUUGGAAUGCAGUUGGCUGUUGUGGAGUUUGCACGGAAUGAACUUAACUGGACAGAUGCCAAUUCUACUGAAUUUGAUCCUAACACAAGCUACCCUGUGGUGAUUGACAUGCCAGAGCACAAUCCCGGGGAUAUGGGCGGAACCAUGAGGCUUGGCAAGAGGACCACAAUACUCAAGGAUAAAAAUUCAGUACUAAGGAAGUUGUACAAGGACAGUGACUCCAUUGAGGAAAGACACAGACAUCGAUACGAGGUAAAUCCAGAAAUGAAGAAAAGUUUUGAAGAAAGGGGAUUUCGAUUUGUUGGGCAAGACGUGGAAGGAGAGAGAAUGGAAGUAAUAGAGCUUGAGGAUCACCCCUAUUUUGUUGGCGUCCAGUAUCAUCCAGAGUUCACCUCCAGGCCCAUGAAACCAUCACCCCCAUACUUUGGUCUUGCCUUAGCUGCUGCAGGGAAGUUGCAAUAUUACUUGGAAAAGGGCUGUAGAUUGUCACCCAGGGAUACCUACAGUGAUCACAGUGGCAGUAGCUCACCAGAUUCUGAAAUUGUUGAUUUAAAGCUGCCAGCUAAUCUAACACCUGUGUAAUAUUUGGUAUCAAGUAAUUCAACAGAAUCAGGACAUAUUGGUGUCUGAACUGCAACAUCCUUUUAAUUUCAUAGUAUUAACCUAUCCUUACUGGUCUCAUGUUGUUGAAGUGGGGGGUGUCAUUUGUGUUGCUUUUUGCUGAUGGUGAAAGUCAUUUUUUAUAUAAAAGGAUUUCAAGUUUGUUUGCAUCUUUUAGCUUUCAUGUUCAAAUUUUUUCUACCGCUGUACAAAAUUAGCACAUUGAAUGGGGAUUGGAAUUGGAACGUCGCUAUCUAACACCAAUUGCUCAUUUUAAAUUGUUCAGAACUCCUCAGCUCUGAUUUAAGGUUUUAUGUUUUAUUCAGCACUACCUCUGGGGGGGGGGGG